GAUAAAACAGAUGUUUUAUCAUUUCAUGGGAACAUUAUUUAUUACACUAUUACAAUCCAAUCUCAUGGUCUGUAGAUGGAGGCCUUAAAGACUUGCAACAGUUCCUCUGUAAAGUAUCUAGUCAUAAGGACUGAACACAUAUUCUUGCUACAUUUUUAGAUACUAGUUUGAAAAUAUGUUUCCGUGACGUCCUGUCCUUUGUUUAGCCAUUGUUACUCUCUUUCUAUUCCAACUUGUUUUGUCUGUUCUUUAGCCUGAGGAAAUUCUCUGACCUUUAUGUAAUCUGUACAUAUUCUCUUAAAUUUGAAGCGAUGAUGUUUGGAGUUUAUUUGAGAGUUAGCCAUCUCAUGCAGGAGGCAGAAAUCUACAAGCACAGGAGGAGUGAAGAGAACCUUCAUCUUCCAGAUGACGACAAAGGGAGGGUGUGGGGAAAUGUCAGAUGUAGUGAGUGGGGUGUUGGGUGGGGUGGAGGCUGCAGGUGGAUAAAGAGAAGGAGAGAGUGAGCAUCCUCUCUGUUUCUGAGAAGUUCUGCAACCCUUCAUUACUGCCUGAAGGGUCUGAACCUGCCAGUGUAAAGCGCUGCAGACGCACUGUCAACAUUUCAGAGAAUCCCUGCUGCUGACAUGGACAUCCGUGCCGUCUGUCUGUCCUUCCUGCUGGUGACUAUGAGGCUGUCCAGAGGAGCUGUGGCCCCAUCGACCUGUGAAAAAGAUGAGCAGUGUGGUCAUCUUGAAUGCUGUGCCGUUAGUCUGUGGAAGAGCAAUCAGAGGAUGUGCAUCUCACUAGGAGUGGAAGGGGAUGAAUGCCACCCGUUGAGCUUCAAGGUGCCGUACAGUGGGAUAAGGCAAGAGCACACCUGUCCCUGUCUCCCAAACCUGACGUGCAAGUUUUCUUACGACCUGUUCAAAUGUAUUGAAGACUUAAAAAAGUAAAUAACAAAAUAACACAUUUUCUUAUCUUAGAAAGGAAUCAAAAGAUAAUCACAAUAAAAUUGCGCUAAAAUCAUUAGCACUGAUUUGAUGAUUGCUGCAGUGAUGAACAUGUCCGAGUACAGAUGCUCAGACUCUUCAAUAAACAACAGAGAAAAUUA